AUUACACCUAAAAUGGAGAAUACAAACUCAGAUAUAUCAAUUGAAGAUUUUAAUGAGAAGGAGCUUGAGGAAUUUCUGAAUGAUUUUCCAUCUGAAACAGAUCGAACUAGAGAAGAAACAGCGGUGGCUGCCAAGCCACCGCCAUCUUCCUCUGAGAUUUCGGCCUGUACAAGUGAUAUUACAUUGACUUCUAUUUCUUCCCCAGUAAAACAAGAUGAUGCUGAAGGUAAAAUAAAAACUGAGAAGGCGCUUGAGCCUUCAGCCAAAGUCAAGGAAGAAAACCUUGAUGACAAAAUGGUCUCAGAAUGUCUUGACAACUUACUCAAAACUGAAGAGCCUGGAGUAAUAAUCAAAUUCAAGCAAGAAGUUAAAGAAGAAACAAGCCAAAAGGAUGCCUUUAACGAUAGUGAUGUAGACCCUGAAGAGCUCGAGAGAUUUAUGAGCGACAUUGAAGAAGAGAAAAUUGUAGAAAGAGAUUGGAAAGAAAAAUUUGACUGGGAAGAUGAAAUUGCUAAUAUUAAUAAGGAAGUUUAUGAUCAAAAUGACUUUUGGGAAAACCAACGGGAAAUAAUUAACGCUACCAAGUCAAAGAGGGAUGUGCUUGCUCUUAUACCAACAGGAGGAGGGAAAAGCUUGACCUUUCAGAUUUCUGCUUUUACUGAGAGUGGAUACACUAUUGUGGUAAUGCCCUUGAUCUCUUUGAUACAAGACCAAAUAAUGUGCCUUGAAAAAAUCACUGACAAAUAUAAGGGAUACUUCUUCUCGAGUGAUGUCCAUGAUGGAUUUUUCACUACUUUAUACACUGGAAGAGAUCCCACUCUGAAAUUAAUUUACCUCACUCCUGAGAAAAUCGUAAAUAACCCAGCAUUUCUCCAAGUGUUAACAAAUCUUUACUACAAGAACAAAAUAGAGAGAUUUGUGAUUGAUGAAGCCCAUUGAGUAUCAACAUGGGGACAGGACUUCAGAGAAGAUUACCUCCAAUUGAAAAUUCUAAAGCAAAGAUUCCCUCGUGUUCCGAUUCUAGCCCUAACAGCGACAGCCACUGACAAGGUACAAGGAGAUAUCAUUAGUCAGCUAUGUCUUGACAAAGUAGUGAAGUUCAAGAGUUCUUUCAACAGGCCUAAUCUGUUCUAUGAGGUUGUCAAAAAGGAUCCUAAAACUCUUGGUGAAGACGUUGCCAAAUUUGUCAAAGCUAAGUUCCCCUAUGAUACUGGCAUAAUCUACUGCUUAUCAAAGAAAGAGUGUCAAGAGCUAGCAUUCAAGCUGACCAAUGUGUUCAAAAUUAAGUGUGACUACUAUCAUGCUGAAAUGAAUGACAACAAGCGUUAUAGUGUUCAGUCUAAAUGGAUGAACGGAGAUAUCCAAAUAGUCAUAGCAACAAUUGCAUUUGGGAUGGGAAUUAAUAAGCAUAAUGUCAGGUUUGUUAUUCAUACAUCUCUUCCAAAGUCUAUUGAAAACUAUGUGCAGGAAUGAGGAAGAGCAGGUAGGGAUGGGAGACCAGCACAUUGACGGCUGUUUUAUGACUAUAAUGAUAGGAGAAGAUUAGAAUUCUUCAUUGUGGUUAACAAGAAAACCACACCUGAACGGAAGAAUGAAAAUCUUCAUUCAAUCUACAAAAUGAUGGAAUUCUGUGAAGAGCCAUUUAGAUGUAGAAGAAAGCUUCUACUUAAAUACCUAGGAGAGUCUUUUAAGACCAAAGAAUGUCAAAGAAAUUGUGACAACUGUCAUCAAGAUGUAAAGGCAAAGGAAAUAAAUUUUGGAAAUGAAAGCAGGACCAUCAUCGAGUUCAUCCAGGAUAUAUCUGUUAGCAAUUUCAAUCUCACCAUCACUCAGACAGCAAACUUUCUCAAAGGUAAAGAUAUAAACAGGUUAAACAAGCGGCUAGAUUUCAAGAAGAAGUACUACAAACGGUUCAAUUUCAUUGAUGUUUCUGUUAUAAAAAGGAUCAUUAUCAGACUGCUGAAUCUGAAGGUUCUAAAGGAGAAAUUUAUCCAACUAAAAGAAGAUGCUUUCAAGAUCCACUCCUUUAUAGCUAUCGGUAGGAAAUCUAAGAAAUUUCUGAAGGAAAACAUGAAGUUAUUUCUGUCUGUGCCUAAUAUCCGGGAUUACAAACCAAAGCACAGAGAAAUAAUCCCAAUCGGGAAAAACAAGAAUAUAUCUCUAGGGAUUGGUAAGCCAACAGAAACAGCUAAGCUUACUGAUGAAGUCUCCGAAGAGAAAGCCCAGUUGAAUGCUGAAGAGGAACCCAAGAAGGAGGACAGUGAUUGAGAUAGCAUAGACGAGCCUUCUCCAAAAGCAAGCAAGGAGAGUGUAGUUACAGUGAUGAAGAGGGAGGAGCAAGUGAAGCAAGAGAAUCAACAGCAGGAGCUAGAGAGAAAGGAGCAAGUUAAAGAGAAGGUUGAGGAUAUCAAAGAAAGCCAAGCUGAUAUUUUGUCACUCAGAACUCCAUUUAAAGGAGAAGUGAUUAAAAAUGAACCUGAUAUUAAAGUAGAGCCUCUUGAACCAGUUCCUUCAGAGAAUACUUUGAAUACAAAUUCAAUCAUUGAAAUUCUAUCUACCUCAAUAAAACCGACUGUUGAAGAGAAAAAGACUUCAAAACCAAAGGAAAUUUUCAAAAUAGAAAAGAAAAAGAUACCAAAAGCAAUUCAUGAGCCUAGUCUUGUUCCUUCUCUCAAAGAGAAAAGUUUCAGCUCUCAAGAUGUUCAAUACAAGUCCUUCAGAUCGAGAUCCAAAAGCUGUAUGCCUACUCCUAAGAAGGUGAAGUAUAUCGCUCUGACUGAGUAUGAAAGAGAAGAGUUAUAUGAUAGAAUUAUGCUAAUAAAGAAAAAGAUACUGACAAAGUGUAAUCCAAAUCUUGUCAAACACUUUUCAGAAAUCCUUAGCCAUAAUUUCAUAUCAUUCUUGGUACUCUUGGUCCCUACUUCUCUAAGACAGUUGACACAUAACGAAAUGGUCAGGCUUACUCCAGAGAUGAAAGAGAUAUUGAAGAAAUACGGAAACCUUAUUUUUGAUGAAAUCCAGCAUUUCCUCAGAUCAAUAAAGUCAUCUGCUUACAGAAAAUCAGGAUUAGAUAAAGAGUCUGAAUUUUGAGGAAAACUGGAAAGUCGAGAGAUUUCUUCAAUACAAAAGGUUAAAAUAAAGUUUUGAGAUGAUCGAACUCUUGACAAUAACUCAUCAUUAUCUAAACUUCCCAGUAGCGCAGUUCCCACUAGCCAGAAGGAGGAACCAAUGGUAAGACUUCCUGAAACUCCUUCUAAAAUAUCAUCACUCGACUUCGAAUCAAUAUCCGCCCCAGUUAAAGCUUCUGCAGUUGCUGAGGAUCCUAACUUACAACUAGUAGAAGAGCCAGAUAAGUCUUCAGAAAGCUCGGAUAGAAAAUCAGUCAGUAACACUUCCCAAAUAUUUGAUGCUGAUGAAGAGCUUGAAGAUGAAGGCUACACAAGCCCUUUCGAAAUUGACAAAACCUAUACAGGUAAAGUCAAUGAGAUGAUGCUGGAUGAAGACAAGAGGAAGCCACAGCCCAACAAAAUCAAACUCAAGGAUCUGGAAAUGAUGCCAAGGAACAAAAGUAUGAUACCGCGAAGAAGUGUCCCUAAAGGACAUCGUUAUGGCACUCAAAUGCCCUCGAUAGAUGAAGAUCCGAGCGAAAAUAGUCAUGCAAAAAGAAGAAAAAUUGGAAAUUCAAGAAGAAUGCUGAAGAUUCCAUACAGGUCAAACACUUAUCCAAUGAAGAGUACGAGUGACCUUCAGAGUAGCAUCAACAAGCUCCAGAGAGAAGAGCAUGAGAAGGAAUUUAACGAAAUAUUCAGCAAGACGACUAGCAAAUCUGGAAAUAAGAGAAAGCCAAAGAAACAGAGUGUCAAGAAAAGAGUCUCCAAGGCCGCCAAAAAGUGACUCUCAGAGGCUUCUAGUCUUAAAGAAAGUGAUGAAGAUGACUAUACAUUUGACGAUCUUGAUAUUCCUAAGGUUCACCGCAAUAGGAAGAGUCACAAGAAAAAGUUUCUAUAA